UUUGAUUCCUUUGUAAAAAAUAUUUUUUCAUGUCCCUGUAGAAGUUAUGCUUGAAUGAUGUUAUGAAAUAGAGGUCUGAAGUGAUCUCCUAAAUCCAAAGAACAAGAUUCAAUUACUAGUACAGCUUUAAACUACUGCCAACCGCACCCUAUUAUAUCUGCAAAGAGCCAAAGAACUUCGAGCUUCCGAUCCAUCGCUGAAGGCGGUCCGAAAAACCCACUAUAACAGAAACCUUAAACUUAAAGAUCUCUUAGCACACCUUGAAUCUUAUCAAUUUUAAUUUUGUACAGAUAGAAGAGAGUGUGAAUAUGUCUCUAACGUGCGUGAAAAUGUCUGAGGAUGUUUGGUUAACAUGUCUCACCCAUGCAUUGUCUACGGAGACUGAGGAGAUUAUGGGUCUGCUUCUUGGUGAUAUCGAGUACUCAAAAAGUGGGAACGUUACUGCUCUAAUCUGGGGAGCUUCACCUCAGUCAAGAUCUGAUCGUCGAAAGGACCGUGUAGAGACAAAUCCAGAACAGUUGGCCGCUGCAUCAGCUCAGGCUGAGAGAAUGACCGCAUCGACGGGACGGACUACAAGGGUGAUUGGAUGGUAUCAUUCACAUCCUCAUAUUACAGUUUUUCCUUCUCAUGUAGAUGUGCGGACUCAAGCAAUGUAUCAACUUCUAGAUCCCGGGUUUAUCGGGCUGAUAUUUUCCUGCUUCAGUGAAGAUGUAAAUAAGGUUGGGAGAAUCCAAGUCAUUGCUUUCCAGUCCUCAGAUGGGAAGCAGAAUAAUGUAUCGAGACCGGUUCCCAUAUCACUUGUAAAUAGAAGUUACAUAGAUGUUGAAUCAUCUCUAAGCUCCUCGGAAAAUACAUUAGCAAAAUCCGGAUCUGCAAGGGUGGAUAGCCCUGAACAAGACACUGGUGAUUCAAGAACAGCUGCAGCAUUAAGUAAGGGUGGGGUAAGAUCUUUGGACUUGGGGGAUUUCUUUGCAAAUGCUGAUGCCAACUAUGUUGGAAGAGAGAAAAUUGGAGGCAGCUACCCUACUGGCAAUUCCGAAAAUGCAAUUGUUGAUAUAGACCCCAUGGAUCUGUCGGAAAGUAUGCAAGAAGCUAUGCACCGCUCAAAUUUGGACAUGAGUGGUGCGGAAUACAUUAGAAAAGAAAUCCCUCUUCAUGUUUUGCCGACUUGGUCUCUGCUUAAGCUAGAUUCACCUCUAAUGUCAUUUACGGAUUUGCAACGUGUAUUGUAUGAAGAGGAGCGAGGAGCAUACAACCAAGCUAUCUUGCAAAAUAUGAGGGAUGGAAAAGUACAUCCUCUAACCUUUGUUCAUCACACAGGGACAUAUCAAGCUUCCAUUUGCAAAUUGAUUGAAUAUUGUUUAAGUCCUGCCAUAAAUGCACUUCAAGACCGCUUGAAAGAGAAUGAAAUUCGGUUGACAAUGCUGAGUGAUGAAGCUAAAAUGUUGGAGAAUGAAACUUUUAGGGGGAGUGAGCAAGCUUCCAGAUCUCCCCGCCAUGUUCCAUCUCAUGGUCUUCGGGCAAGUGCAUCAUCUGGUCAGAGGGAGUUGCAGAGUUCAUCUGAAUCUCUUAGUUUGAGGACUAUUGCUAGUGGUAGUAACCGGACCAGAACGGGAUCUUAAUGCAGCUCCAAAUUAAGCGUUCUGCAUUUUGCAAGUGUUGUUAUGUCCAGAGUCGCAUUUGUUGCUCUGCUUUUCAUAUUAGCCAUUUAUAUGUAUAUGGAUAUUGGUUUGAUUACAAGGCCUUAUAAAAGUUCAGAUACAACAUAUUGGGGGGAAAGGUCUUUUUCCCUGAUACAUAUGCCUUCUGAAGCUCUGAUCAUUGCUCUCUCUCUUCAUAUGGGCCAUCUCUAGGUUAAAUUGCUCUCAAGGAUCUGCCGGAGAAACUUUUGCAUCUAGGUUGGCAGCUCGGUAGAGUUCUUAUUGAAGCAUCGGAGAUUUUCUUGCUGUGCAUUUAUGACCUCUUAUGAGAAAGAAAAUUUCUUGGGAGGAGCCAGAGGAUGAUCUGCAAUGGGCUCCAAUAUGUGGGAUGUAUAUAUUUCAUACAAUUCUGUUUUCUAACAGUUAUAGGCCUUUCUUUUUAUGGGCUUCUAUAAUGCAUGGAGUUCUAUAAUGUGACUGUUUUACUUGGUGGGUUCAUAAUAUUUUCCUUGGGGAGCAGGAGCAUGCCCUUGCUUGUAGUUUACCUUGUAUUCUUAAUGAAAUGCUGUGCAUUAUUUAUCAAAAAAUUUUUGCUGACACCA